AUGGCGCCUCAGCCUCCACGGCCAUCCUCUCGAGGCGUCCAUCCUCACGAACCGCAUCGCCGCCGCGGGGGGGUGACGCAGUCGCCCGCCGGCAAAGCGCCGCGUGCGCCUCCCACAACUGCACCUGCGCGCGGCAGCCAAGCCCACGAUGCGACCUCCUUCUGGGGCGGGUCCGAGCCCGUGCCGCUGCCCCCGCGCUUCGCCCGGAUCAAGCGCGCCAUCCUCGCCGGCCACGAGGACGCCCUCGAGGCGAGCUGGGGGCGGCUCCUCGCCGCGCUGCGCCGCGACGCCGAGCACAUUGACGGGCUGGGCGCGCACCUCGUCCCGUCGAUUGAGUUUGGCGACGUGCUGGCGGGCGGCGACGCGUCGCAGACGGCGGCGCGGUUCCGCCGCGACGUGCAGCGGUACGGCGUGGGCGUGGUGCGCAAGGUGGUGCCGAGGGGGGAGGCCGAGGCGGCGAUGGAGGACACGGCGCGGUACGUGCGGGAGCAGGGCUGCGAGUCGGCCGAGGCGAUUGACCCGGCGUGUCGCAAUCUGUUCUGGUCGCCGGCGCAGGUGGCCAUGCGGGCGCACCCGAACGUGCGCAAGGCGCAGAGCUUCAUGAUGGGGUUGUGGGACGAGGGGGAGGAUGAGGGGGAGAUUUCCACGCAGCAUCCGAUUGCGUAUGCGGAUCGCAUCCGCGUAUAUGGCGGCGGCAGCGGCAGCAGGAGCACCGACGAUGCAGCACAGCACCCUGAAAGCGAGCAGCAUCCUCCACCAAACGGCAGCAGGGACGCGUCGUCACGAGAGCAGCAGCAGCAGCAGCCCCCGUCGCCCGAGGACUGGAUCACGGCGCUGCAGUCCUCGGCCGGCAUCACCGCCCAGGUCGACAACGGCUCCCUCGAGCGCUGGGAGCCCGACGGCUACAGCGGCGGCGGCGGCAUCUACGCGUCCAUUUUCGCCGGCGGCUGGGAGCGGCACGACCCCUGGCGGGGUGCCGCGCGCCGCGCCGCCGCCACGACGGACCUGUACAACGGCCACGGCGCGUGCUCGGUGCUGCGCAUGUUCCAGGGCGUGCUGGCGCUGUCCGUCGUCGAGCCGGGCAUGAUCCGGCUGCUGCCGUCGCCGCGCGCCGCGACGGCGUACUACCUCCUGCGGCCGUUCUUCGCGCCGCUCCGCAGCCUGCCGGGAGACAUGGACGCGACCAUGACGGCAGAGGAGCGGGAGGAGGCGUGGGAGCGGCACAUGGCACCGAGCAACUGGCGCCUCGCGAGGGACCCGGACACGGUGAUGCACGGCGCGGUGCCGGGCCACGCGCAGCGCGUCACGGAGCGGUGGCAUCCGCACCUCGCGCUGCGGAGGAGCAUGAUCACCCUGCCGACGCUGCAGGCCGGCGACUACAUCCUCUGGCACCCGGACCUGCCCUACCACAUCUCACCGAGCGACGGCAGCAGCAGCAGCAGCAGCGUCGCACCACCGCCGCUGCCGGACAGGAGCCUGCGCAUGCUGGUGUACAUCCCCGCCGCGCCGCUGACGCAGACGAGCGCGCUGUACCUGGCCCGUCAGCGCAAGGCGUUUCGGCGCGGGCAGCCCGGCCCGGACUUUGACGCCAGGAACCGCCCGACGGAGCGUCAGGACGUGGCGGCGGCCGAGGCGCUCAUGGAGCGCGUGGGCGGCGUGGAUGCGCUGCGGGCCAUGGGGCUGGUGGCGUGGGAUGUGGUGACGCGGCCAUCGAGGGUCGGCGGUGAUGAGGAGGAGGAGGAGGAGGAGGAGUUUGGGAAAGCGAGUGGUAUCGUGCGGCUGGCGAAUAGUAUUCUGUUUCCGGAAAUGUCACUGUCAGGAUGA